GCAGGUCCUCGAUGCUCUGAGCCAUAGCCUAGGCCUGAAGGCAUACAAGGCGGAGGAACAGCAGAGGCUGGGACGGCGGCAGCCGCAGGUGACACGAUGGAACGGAGAAAAUCUAGUGGAGUUUCUGGAAUAAACUCUAGACUGGGAUUGGGCCUGAGGUCAAACUCUGAGAAGCUGCUGGACGCGGCCCUUGGCCUGAACCAGGAAGCAGAACUGAAUUUAGGGAUGGAGAAAGAAUCAAAUCUAGAGUCAGAGUCGGAACCUGGAGAAAGCAAAGAGGAGGAGCCAGGCGCCAACCUGUUGCCGCCGCCACUUCCUCAGCCCCGGAUCUACUUAUGGAAAUACCUGGAUGUGCAUUCCAUGGACCUGCUGGAAAAAACCACCACCUUGGAAGAGAUGCAGGAGUUGCUGGCAGAACUGCUAGGCUUGGGGAGGAAAGACAGGAGCCCCAAGGAGGCAGUGAUUCUGGAUAUGUUUUGCCACACCUUGAUCUUCUGCCGGCAACAGCACUUCUCUCGGGAACAGACCUCCGCUGCUUGUGCUCUGCUUCAGGACCUCCACAAGGCCUGUAUUGCAACCCCCUUGGGCAACGUGGAAGACUGUUUCCGAUUCUUCACCAGCCUCCUCUUCUGCCAUGGAGUCAGGCGUCCCCCCUUCAGCAUUGACCUAUUUGGAGAAGAACAGCUGCUGAGCCUGUCAGAUUAUAUCAUCAACACUUAUUUCCGUCAUUUUAAGCUCUACAAGUAUGUCUUCACCCCUCAGGUGCGGUUAGACUUGUCUUUGCGUUAUGUAGGUCUGCCUGAAGUAAAGCCCUCAGCAGAUGUCCAAGAGGAAGAAGAGGUAGAUGAAACACCUGCUCCAGAAGAACCAGCACCAGAAAUAAAAACUGAUCAAGAGCCAAGUCCGGGCGAUAUACUCCGAGAUUUCAUCUCAGCCCAGCUUACCAAGGAGCUGGGGCAACUCAGGCAGAUGGUAGAGGCACGGCUGAAGGCUGGCGAGGAGCAGCUCAAUAGCAGGCUGGUUGCCCUUGAGACUCCUACCUUGACCUCCAAGAGCAAAAGCAAAGCCAAGUCACCCCAGGGCUAUUUACCCAAAUAAAAGCCUGGGCCAGAAGUACCCUGUCCCUUCCCCCAGGUCCCCUUCUGAGCAUCUUCUCACUCCACCUUGAGAGACAGCUUGUUCCCCAGUGUGCAGGAUGAUUUAUUUCACAUGAAAAAUGGACAGCAACAGCAAAGAUGUGAAUAUCAUUC